UUGACAAACAGCGUUGCCCUUACAGGCACAUACAACCCUGAGCGUUUCCAAAAUGUACGAAUUAAUGUGGUCGACGUCGAUGAGCCACCAGUAUUCCAGAAUGGUCCUAAACCUUAUUUGGCAGUUGUUCCAUACACGGUUCCGAUUGGGUAUCAAAUUUAUCAGUUUUAUGCUCGUGACGAGGGUGGACAAGGUGGGAACAAUGUGGAAUAUCGGUUUAUCAACUCUGAACCACCUGGAACAUUUACUGUCGACUCGGGGACCGGUAUUGUUCGAACUGCAAUUAGGAACUAUAAACCUGGCAAAACAUAUCGCGUUUAUGUCCAAGCCAGUGAUCGGUCUCCGAAAAACUUGAACAAUUCACAGAACAGUGAGGUUGCAAUGCUGGAAAUUUAUGCUGGCGAUCGAGCACCACAGUUUUUGAAGCAACAUUAUUUUGUGGAAUUACCGGAAAAUACAAAAAUUGGAAAAAAAGUGGUUGAUGUUCGUGCCAACAGUUUUCCGCCAAUAGAUUCAAAAAGACAAAAAAGUGAAUUGACCUAUCAUUUGUACAUUGAUAACGACGACGAGUUACAGGAACGUUCCGAAUUUUUUACCAUCAAUGAAAAAACUGGUGAUGUCAUUCUGAUGAAAGAGUUAGACUAUGAUGAUCUUGCGGCUCAAGAAGAUGGUAAAGAAAGUAGUGUACCGUUAGAAAUUCGAGUCAAAGAUGUUAACGAUAAUAGACCAAUUUUUACCCAAAUCUUGUAUACUGCAACAGUAAAAGAAGAUAUUCCAGUUGGUAAAACUAUUAUUACUGUUCAUGCAGACGAUAAAGAUAGUGAAGAAAAUUCUCGAGUUCUAUACAGUGUUGAUGACCAUAAUUUUGUGGUUAACGAACGAGGCGAAAUUAGUGCAAAAAAUCGUUUAGAUGCUGAUCAAAAACGUGAAAGAUUCUAUUUCUACAGAUUUAAUGUUACAGCCAAAGACAAUGGAAAUCCACCGUCAAAAUCGAAAGCUAUGGUUCAAAUACGGACAGAAAAUACCAAUGAUGAACCGCCGGUUUUUAUUCCAACGAAUUCGUACACUGCUUUCGUCGCAGAAGAUGCGCAAGGUGGCACACCUGUAAUACGAGUUCAGGCUCUUGAUCCAGAUCGUGAUCAGGUUUAUUAUUGGUUUUUGUUGCCAAAUGGUCAAAGGAGUAGUCAUGCGGAGCUUUUUGACAUUGACAAAGAUACAGGUUUAAUAAAGUUGCAUCCGUCAGCGACACCACAGGACCUAAAGCGAACAUCGGCUCCUCAUAACCUGACAGUUGUCGCCACUGACGAUGGCUCUUGUUGUCUUGAACCUAGCAAUCUUCAUGAAACAUUAGCCACAGUUUCGAUUGAUAUAUCUGAUGUAAACAACAAUAAACCAGAAUUUCGGGAUUGUAAAUCUUACAGUCAGAGAGCAAAAAUCGUUGAAGGUGACUACAAAAUAGACCGUCCUGUUAUUAUAAAGGUUACUGCAACAGAUGAGGACUCUUCGUUGAAUGGUGAGAUUGUCUACUCGCUUUAUCAUCCACAGUCUGAAUCGCGAAAACCAUUCAUCAUUGAUCCAGUAACCGGUGAACUCCGACCGUCACCAUACGUCAGAUUUGAUCGUGAACAGCGGGCUUUCGAAGAGGUCACUGUAAAGGCAACCGAUAAAGGGGAACCACCGUUAAUUGGUUUUUGCCAGUUUACGGUUCAAGUAAAAGAUGUUAACGAUAAUGCGCCUCAGUUUGACCGGGCUUCUUACGAAACUUCUAUUUCCAAAACGGCUCCAAUUGGGUAUGCAAAAAAAACCAGUUGUGAAAAAUACUAUGUUUUUUUUUGUUGUUGUUAUUCUGUUGUAACGGUUUUUGCUGAUGAUAGCGAUGCUCCGCAGAACGCUCGUAUAACGUAUUCGCUUGCCCCAGACCCCUCGGCAGAUUUUGCACAUAAAAGAGAUAUUGAGUACUUCACAAUUGCACAUAAAGAAUCUGGCGAAAUAAAGCUUAAAAAAGCGAUUCCAAUGAUGACGGAUCGUUUUAUAAUUAACGUUGUUGCGUCUGAUAAUGGUAGUCCACCUCAGAAUAGUACUGUACAAGUAACAGUAAAAGUUCACGAGAAACAACAGAAUGCUCCACAAUGGCAAAGCAGUGAGCAGUGCAAGGAUUCUGUAACUGUUGAUGAAGAUAUUCAGACAAAUUCUGUCAUAAUUCGUUGUCACGCAAUUGCCGGUGAUGGUUCCAAACAUCGGAUUUCCUACAGGUUUUUAAGCUUCAGAAUAACUAAUGCCGUUAAUCGUGGCAUAAACCUGGACAAGUAUUUCCGGGUUUAUGCUGAAAAAGAAAAUGGUCGAGACUGGUUUUCCUUGCGUACUUACGAUACACUCGAUUACGAAAAACAAAAUAAUUUUACCAUCACUUUAACAGCUAUGGAUGUACAAAAUUCGGUUACGUCAGAUAAGCAGUUUCAAGUUUUUCUUCGGGAUAAAAACGACAAUGUUCCACGAUUUACUGUUGACCUCUUUACCGGUACUGUAGAGGAAGAACAGACUGUUGAAGAAUAUAUGAAAAAGCACGACAAUCAACCAGUUACGGUUGUAACGGCAGUAGAUGCUGACUCCCCAGGGCCACAGUCUGAUGUUCGUUACCGAAUUCUCGGUGAUAAUGAAAUUCAAAGGCUAUUUCGAAUCGAAGAAACUACCGGAAAAAUUUAUCCAACAGCCACUUAUGACAGGGAGAAGAAUGAUACGUUCAUUUUUGAUGUUGAAGCACGGGACAGUUUGCAAUCGAGUCUUCCGGGCAUUAAAGGUCCAAACCGCGAUAUCGUUAAAGUGCAAAUAUUUGUGGCUGACGUAAACGAUAAUCCACCGUACUUUGAUAAGAAACGGUAUGAGGGAAGAGUGUUGGAAAACGAGGAAGUGAAUCAAGAUGUCAUAACUUUGAAAGCUUAUGAUCUCGAUAGUCGUAAGUAUCAUUUAGUUUUAGGCGAACGGAUACCAUUUGGAGUUAGAACUGAUUCUGGCGUUAUUUUUGUAAAGGAACCAUUAGACUAUGAAAAAGAGAACGAAUAUCAUAUGAUAGCUUUUGUUACUGAUGGGAAGCAUAAUACCACAACCGAUGUGUUCAUCUACGUUGAAGACGUCAAUGAUAAUGCGCCUGAAUUUGAAAAAAGUUUAUAUGAGACCACAAUUUUGGAAGAAGAUCAUAAUGUUCCCAAAACUUUAUUUAUGGUUAAAGCAACGGAUAAAGAUAGGGAUGAAACAUCAAAAAAGAUUAUUUAUCGUCUGGAAGGACAGGGUGUCAAUGAGUAUUUUCGCGUAGACAAAAGGACUGGUAAAAUUGAAGUGGUUUUGCCAUUAGAUCGAGACCCACCAGGUAUCCCAGUUUGGAGGUUUAUUGUACAGGCUAUCGACGACGACGGCAAAGGCUUAAUUGGUUAUGCCGACGUUCAGGUAAACCUUGAAGAUAUCAACGACAAUGCACCACAGUUUCCCAGUGACAUGUACGGUGAAAUUGAAGAAAACCGUGAUCCAGGCCAUGAUGGUGUUUAUGUGAUGACCGUGACGGCAACAGAUAAUGAUGAUCCAGCAACGAGCAACGCCAAAUUGGAAUACAGUAUCGUCGCUAAUAAAGCAAUAAAUGGCAAAGAAGUAUUUCGUAUUGAUAAAGAUACUGGCAAAAUUUAUUCCAUGAUAAAAUUGGAUCGUGAAAAACCUUCAGAAAACCAGUUUUUAAUUCAAGUUAGAGCUUCUGAUCAUGGAUACCCAAAAAAGGAAGAAGAACUGUAUUUGUUAGGUACCGGUAAUGUGACGAUUCGAGUGCUUGAUGUCAACGAUAAUCCUCCAUACUUUCCACAACAAUACUACGAUGGUAACGUACUUGAAACGGUUCCAGUUGGUACUGCUGUAAUGAGCAUUAAAGCAAUGGACAAUGAUACUGAAGCUAGGGAUAAUGUAUUUGAGUAUUCGUUGACUGAAGAACACAAAUACUUUUACAUGACAACAGAAAGCGAAACCAGUGGUGAAAAUGUUGGAGUACUUCGGGUAAAACAGGUUGGCACUUUAAUCUUAAAAAACCAUUUCAGCUUCCAUCUUUUUCUCUGA